AUGAAUUCUCAGGAUUGCUCCACUCCAGCACCCUCUCUGUGCAACUUGCCCAUCGAGUGCAGACAAGCCAUCUUGUGUGGUCUUUCAAGCGUAGCGACGCUCAAGGCAGCAAUACUAACUCACCCCGCAUUGUACUGGGCUUUUGCCGAUCGCAGCGAAUAUAUCCUCCGCCAGAUUAUAUUACACUCGAUCGAUCCAGAACUACUCCACGAUGCAGUCCUCGCAUUCAAUGCUCGAAGCGUGAAAGAGGACUGGAUGCCCGAAGAUGUCCUGGCGAUCCUAGACCAAUACCAGGCCCGUCAUAUCCCGUCCUCAUUUCGCUGGUCUAUGCAGGCUGCGUCUGAAAUGGAGGAGUUGUAUCAAUGCACCCAAUUCUUUACCGCCGAUUUCACCUCGUCUGCCUUAUCCAAAACAACCGCAGCCUCAAUUCAGCCACUUUCGACCGACGAAUGGCGCCGUGUGGCUAGGAGUUUCUACCAGCUGGAAAUCCACCGGCUGCUCUUCCGCUACGGAAAUUGGGAGGUUGACAAGCGGGAGCAAUGGGACAUGUACCACAGACGCUUCUAUGUUUGGGAGCUCGAGCAAAUGGUCUGUGCGAGUGAUUAUUUGUUCCGGAGACUGGCACCGUGUAAGUCACUUCAUAUUCCCAAUCCCACGCGGUCUCAACUUACCAUACUCUCUCAGUAUUCAAUCACAUUGCGGCCCACGACAUAG